UAAUUUUGUCCUUAAAUGACAGAUAUCACUUCAAUAUUGCUAAGUUUCUUACGAUAUCUUUGUCUUAAACCUUUUUCAUCGCCUCAAAUUGUUUAGACCACCUACUACAUGUCGCAUUACAGCUGUUUCCGAACUGGGAAUAAUGAAAUGCGCUAGGCAAAACAGCCAGUGGCUCACAUCAGCUGAUCGGUUAAAAUACAACAUGUAAAUUGUCACUUGUCAUUUAAUCGUACUCUGCGGUAUAUUUUGUUUUGAUGUAAAUAUUAUUGUUUACUUGAUAGUAAUGAACAAUGAUACAGCUAGUAUGUCAAAUAAAGCGGACAAUAAGGGAAAAAUCAACAAUAUUGGGAUAGAAUCCGAUGAUGAAAUAAUUUUACGCCGUAAGAGACAAAAUGUCGAAAGAGUUCGUGCUUGUAGGGAGAGGAAAAGGGCUCUUGGCCUUCAGUCUUCUUCACCAGCCGAAUUGAAGUCUCAGAAGUCGGAUAAAAUUGAUUCUGUGUCCGAAGACAGUGUGGACAUAAAAAUUCUGCAUCGAAAGCAACUAAAUGCGGAAAGAUGUCGCAGGUACCGUCAGAAACGAAAGAGGCUAAAAGAGGGCGUCAGUUCUAACCAAGGUACGAGUGACAGUGACGGGAGUAUGGGUCGAGAUUCAUGCAUGCAAUUAGUUGGUAAUCCAGAGAAAUUUGAAAACUCUUCAAAUCAGACGCAUGGUUCCGACACAAACUCCAACACUCCUGCGGGUGUUUAUUGUCGUCGGUACCGAGACAGACUCAAUGCACGAAGAAGACGAGCCGCAGAAGAUGCGUCAUCAUUCUAUACGUUAUAUAUCAAACAUAACGGAGCUCAUAAUCUGUUCGAAAACUUAUUCGAGAAUAAUCUAUUUGGUUUUUCGUGUACUGUUUGUGAAACACUUUGGUUCGAAAAUGAUUUGAAAAGACCUCCUUCAUCAUGUAGUGCCAUCUUGGAACAAAUAUGUCCAACUGUCUUAAUUCAAGAUAUUCUCGUAUGUGCGACCUGUAAAGUUUCAUUACUUGCUGGUAAAAUACCGAACUUAUCAGUUUACAAUGGAUUUAGUUAUCCACCUAAGCCGAAUCUCCCGGAAUUAGAUUUAGUUUCUGAGCGAUUAAUAUCACCGAUAUUACCUUUUAUGCAGAUUCGACGGUUGCGUUACGUCAAAGAACAAUACGGAAUCUGUGGACAAGUUAUCAAUGUGCCAGUUGAGAAUAAUAACAUGGUCCAGUUUUUACCUCGUAAUUUACAAGACGAUUAUUGUAUAAAUGUUCACAUCGAAAAACGAUCAAUGUACAAAUCCACUUAUUUGAAAGAUCUGGUAGAUAAGAGGGUUCUUAAAGAAUGGCUAGAUUAUCUUGUGAACACCCCACUAUAUAAGCACUAUGAUAUUAAAAUCAGCCAGGAUUUUUUGAAGGAAUCUAGCGAUUAUGAGGCGAAUCCAGAUAUUGUUUUAGAUGAUUUUGCUGAACCUCUUGUAAUUUGCGGUAGUUCAGAUGCUGAACAGCAUACUCUUUUAUGGUCAGAAGAAAAAUAUUUACAAAGUGCACCGGAGGGGUGCAAAAGUUCUACCAGCCUAAACUUUAAUGCUCAUGUGGAAGAAUUAUCUUUCCCGUCAAUUUACUACGGUCAAUUUCGGGAAUUUAAAGAUGGUGUUAAUUAUAAAGUAUACUCAAUUGCAACAAGUGAACUACGGCGCACUGAUCGACGGGGCGUUACUCCUCGUCACUUGCUAUUUUUAGCUAUGAAGAUCAUGCGACUCCGACUAAAUGAAAACAUCAAUACUGCUUUUAAAAAUAUCGCCCAGGGCAAAAACAUAACGAAAGAACAAUUACUAUCUUCCAGUCAUCUCAAUGGAUGUGUGGAAUCAAGUUUUACUCUUCUCAAAUCCAUACCAAACUCUGUAAAAUAUUGGCAAAGUCGGAAAAAAGACCUCUUUGCGAUGAUCAGGCAACUUGGUAAGCCAACGGUAUUUUUAACGUUGAGCGCUAAUGAAAUAUCGUGGAAAUCCCUUUUAAAAAUAUUACAUAAAUUGAAACAUGGUACGGAUAUUACCGAUUCAGAAGUCGAUCGAUUGCACUAUAAAGCCAAGUCAACCUUAAUAAAUGAGGAUGCCGUUACUUGCGUCAUUUAUUUCAAUAAACUGGUGAACGUCAUAUUGACUAUUCUUCAAAAUAAAACCGUAAGCCCAUUCGGUAAGCAUUAUGUUGAACAUUAUUUCAAGAGAAUUGAAUUUUCUCAAAAAGGAACUCCUCAUGCGCAUAUUUUGCUUUGGCUGAAUGAGGCGCCUAGAGAUGCUUUUGGGGCAGAUAUGAAUUCUGCUGUUCAACUUAUUGAUGAUUUAAUAUCAGUAUCGAGAACGGAGUCAUCAGGGCAUAUUGAUCUCGUCACUCAUCAUCACACUUCUAGAUGUUAUAAAAAUAAUCUAAAUCAAAGGAAAUGUAAAUUCAAUGCACCCACAAUGCCUAGUCGUUCAACUGUUUUACUUAAGCCUUUAGCUAAAUCUACUGAUGACGAAAAACAUCUUCGUGAAAAGUACAAAAAUAGAUAUCAAACAUUACACCAAUGUCUUGAAGACAAUGACUACGAUAAUAUUGAUGAUUUUUAUCGUAAAAAUAACGUAACAUCUGAUGAAGACUAUUAUAAAAUAUUGUCGGCUGGAAUUGUACGGCCAACGGUUUUCGUUAAGCGUCAUCCUAAUGAAAAAUGGCAUAACUUUUUCAAUCCUUUUAUUUUUCAUCAUUUGAAAUCAAACAUGGAUAUUCAAUACAUAACAGAUGAUGAUUCCUGUGCUGCAUACGUUGUCGAGUGUAUAUACAGAUUGAACCGAGGCGUCAGCGAUCUUCAACAAAAGCUAUUAGAUCUUUUGGAAGAAAAUCCAAAUUUCGAUUUAGCUGAUAUGACAAAACAUAUGGGUGUCAGUAUUUUUAAUACAAUAGAAAUGUCCAGUCAAGAAGCAGCAUGGUUUCUUCUUAGAGAACCAAUGUCUACGUCAGCACCAAAAGUAGAAUUCAUUCCUACGAUGUGGCCUCACGAACGUCAUCGUAUUAGAAAAACAGAAAAAGAAUUAGAAUGGCUUCCUGAUGACGAUACCAAUAUUUGGAAAGAAAACUGUUUCGAGAAAUACGAAAAUCGACCUGCAGAAUUAGGAAAUAUUUCGUUAAUUGAUUUUGUUGCUUGGUAUGCAGUCAAAACUAGGAAAAAACAAAAUUGGGAUACAGAAGAUGAUGAAGAAAUUGGAGAAGAGCUGUCACCAGAAAAAAAUGUUAAUCAGCAGAGUGAAAAAAUAUAUCACCGUAGGAAAAUCCCGAGGAUAGUACGUUAUCAACAAUACGACAUGGCUAAUGAAAUACUAGACUACAAACGUCUAAUGGUGACCUUGUACAUUCCAUUUCGUAAUGAACAAAGGGACAUUCUAGCUGAAAUGCAAUUUAUAAAAAUCUACGAUGAAAAUGAACAAUUAAUUUUGACUCAUCGUGCGCAAUUCGAAGCUCAUGUGGAUAUUUACAAAAUUAUUGCGGCGUAUAAAAAAAUAUGUCACCCUAAUGAAAACGAGGAAGAUCUUCAUAUUUUGCCGCUUUUACAUCAAUACGAGAAUCCAGUUAUCGAAUUUUACAAUGAUCCUGAUACAGUAACUGACACAAUGAGCGAUCUCGCCAACGAUUCUAUUGAAGUGUUGGAGAAGCCGGUAAAAGAAAAUGAAAUUAAGUUCCCGCCUUUCCCAGAUCCGACGGAUGAAGAUUUUGAUGAAGAUAUACAACAGGAUGAGAGAGAUUAUUACAAAAAUAAAUUUAAAGAUUUAAACACAAUAACGUCGAUGAGAUUGCAUUGUUCUGCUUGUGAUCGCCAUUUAGGAUGUUCCCCACGCAAUGAGUCUCGUAUGAGACGCCAUCCAAUGUUAAGAACACUAGUCUGCCAUACUUGUCAUACCUUUUAUAAUAGCGGAGAGUUUGAGAAGGGUGAUGAUGGAUCUGAACUGUACUGUCGGUGGUGCGGACAAGGUGGCCAGGUCUAUUGUUGCUCGGCCUGCCCGCAUGUCUUCUGUGCGAAAUGUAUCAAAAGAAAUUUGGGUGCUCCAAAGAUAAAGGAAAUUGAAGAAUUAGAUGACUGGAAAUGUUUUAAGUGUAAUAAUAAAUGUCUUUGGGAUUUAAGAGGUAUUUGCUGGGCUGUGCUGAGAUAUUGUUGUUUAAAAAAUAGAAUUUUGCAACAAACCAAAGAUCUUGCUAUGAAAGAAGCAUAUUUGAAAGAUUGUUCUCAAGAUAACUCUGAAUGUUGUAAAAGUAAAGUUUCUAAGAAAAAGGAAAAACAAGAAUCUAAGAAGAAAGAAAUAGAAACAUCAGUCAAGAAACAAACAACCGCAAUUAUAAAUAAAAUACCACCAACAAUACAGGUCAAAAAAUUUGCAUCGAUAAAUUUGGAUGAAUCAACAAAAGUAGAAGCAAAGAAAGCACAGAAACGACCGGCGAGCCCAAAGAACAAACCGAUCAUCAUAAAAAAUCCCUUGUCCAUACCAACCAAAGUUGUCAACCAGAUAAAUGUAUCACCGAUGCCUAAAAAAAUAAGGAUGCCAAAUUCUACCGUUAUAAAUCCAGUGAGAUUUAGUCAUGAGAGAAAACAGUCGUUUAACACCUAUCAAAGGAUAAGACCUAAACCACCUCAAAUGCCGGUAGUUUACAAUGGUUACAGUAAUUGUGGUACAUUUUCAAAUGACAAUAUAAAUCUUUCUUUGGAAAAUUUAACACAGGGUCUGGACAUUAAUGCGGUUGCAGCCAUAGCUAGCACCUCCCAGGACAAUGAUGUAGUCUGCACACCAGAUUUUCCUUUAGAGCCAUUGUGUGAGCAGGUGACUGAAGACACCGGCGAUGAUGACGUCCAGUGUAUGACACCCGGACCUGUGGCGGCGCCCAAGGUCACACCUGUCGUCCGUCAGUCAAGUUCACUGCCGGACCUCUCACCCGAAAAUAUUAUACAGAUGACUGAGAAUGACGUCACAGUCAAUGCGGCAACAGGCGGACUCAAGUUCAGGGUGGACCCGCAGACGCUAUCAUCAAACAAAAUGUACCGACUCCCCGACGGAAGGAUAUUCGCCAUAAACGCCAACCCUUCAAUGCCGUGUGGAUAUUCAGCUACCAUAGUCGCUGUUAAAGAAAAUACAAGUAAAGUAGCGAAGGGAACCACGUUCGCGGCGAAGCUCAGUGCCGUGUCUGCGCAACCGACACCGACGAAAGUCCGCAAUCCCCUGAACCGCAGCAACAUGCGGGCCGCCAGGGCCAAUAAGAACAAGUCCAGCGAGUCGAGAAUAUGCGAUAUGCACGUCCCCGUUGAAUGGUACAGAUAUAAUCUUCUGGACGCCAUCGAUGCUUUGGAAUAUCCGCUGUCGCGUUUGAACCAUUUGAAAAAGGAGGCUACGACCAUGUACCUCCGAACCAGAUCUGUAAAUGAGAUGCGUCACCUCCAUCACACUCUGGAGAGGGCUCUGGCUACAUCCAUAACCAGGUUUAGGGAAAUCAAAGACAACAUCAAUAAAGAGUUUAAACAGUACGUCGCCAAGAAGACGUGUGGCAGCACCAGCGACGACGACGACGUAGAAAUAUUACAAGAGGACGACGAUGAUCCCAUUUUUAUCGACGAGAAUUCAAUGGAGUCCAGUAUGAUUGAGAGUCAGGAGGUGGAUCUGACCGCGCACAAUGAUAGUGAAAGGAACAGCGACAAAAUGGACUACUCGCGUAACGAGGACUCCAUGAAUGCGGAACAGGAUCAGUUCCUCAAAUCAAUAGCACAUAUGACAGCCACCAUGGAGAAUAAAACAAAGGACGUAAAUCUUAAUGAAAAUCACUCGAGUCCUAUGAACGAGAAUGUUAAGACGAACAACGAGAGUGAAAAUUCAAACGAAAACGGGGAUAUCAAGACACAAGGCAGCCAGAACACGACCGACACAAACAGCCCGAGCGAAGUUAAUGGCAAUGAUGAUGGAAUGAAAAAAGAAAAAUUUGAUGAAGAAAACUUAUUAAAUGAGCCGGUGAUAACCGACGACAGCGACAAGAGGAACCAGGAUGAUAUGAGCGACGAGAUGAUAGAAAGUCUGCUGAAGGACGACAGCGGGGGUCACAGUGACACACAGAAUGUACAGACCCUUGAUACAUCCGACGAGAAUACGUUGGACACGUGUAAAGAAUGAAGGUGUGAUAGCAAGUCUGUAAAUAUUGUCUAUGUUAAAAAUAGUGAAUAACUAAUAUAUUAUAUUAUACCUGUUAGCCGUUUGGCUCCUGGGAUUUAUAAUUGAUCAAGUGUCAUUAGUACGAAACUAUAAGUGUCAACAUGCAACAGAUAAAGAUACAACAUCGUUUUUUUUUCCGUGAAAUAUCCAAUCACAUCUAAAGUCCAUUAAGGAUUCUGCUAAAUAUUGUAAAAAAAUAAUAAUUUAAGCUUGGAUAUCUAGAUUGAAUAAGUACAUAAAAAUAUUAAGUAAUUUUGUGAUACUUAUUUUAUUGGACAGCUUAGGAAGUUUUUUAUACUUGAGUAUUAACAUUAAGUUUAACGUUUGUUAGUUUUUUGUAUGAUUCAGUACAAUAAUUGUAAUAUAGCUGCUAUAAAUUUUGUAUUAAGGUUAUAGAAAGUGUUUCAUAUGUCCUCAAUCCGAUUAAAACUAGGUGUUGUUUAAUAAUGAUUAUUUUAAGUUUUUGUUUGGUUCUCUAUAAAGAUUUAUUGAUAAUGUAGUCACAAUCUCCUUGUAGUAUUUCAUUUGUUAUAAAAAAAAUAUUUUUUAUUUUAAAUUAUCAUUUAUGUGAAAAAGCUUAGUGCUUUGUUCAUGAAAACAACUGAGCUCACAGUGAGUGCAAAAUGUCUUUGUUAUCCUAAAAAUUUAAUACCGAUUCAUAUUUACAGAAAAAAAUUAUUUGAUUUUGUAUAACUCAUUAUAAAUAUAUGUAAAUCAACGCUAAAUUGACGGUUAUUUUACUUUGAGCUGCAUCUCUAAUGAGAUUUUUGGUGAUUACUAAGAAUGACUAUCACUUCAAACACAUUGAAAAACCGUGCCAAAUAUAAAUAAUUUUUUUAUUAAUCAUUGUCACUUACAAGGUUUUGAUAUUAUUAUAAACUAUACAACCUGCACGACUCCCGCUAAUGUGUAAGAAGAUUACAAACGAAAUAAACUGUCCAAUUUAUUUAGCCUUUACUAUAUUCAAUACAUAAUUAUCGAAAUUCUCUUUCAGCAUUUAUUCGUCUCAUUUUAGUUUAAAAUGUUCAUUAUCGUAUGUUAUUGACGGAAUAUAUUUUCUGUUAAAACUAUCAUACUGUAUAUUGUACUGGGCGAGGGCGGGCGAUGAUCAGACAUGGGGAUUUUUAAACGUUAUUUUUACUUUAUUUUCAUAAUCAUAAGGUCAUACUUAUAAGGGAAUUGUAAAAUAAAGACUGGGAAUAACAGUUGUAGGAAAAUAUAUGGGGCAUAUAUAUAACAUAUACAUAAGUAUCAUUAAGUUUAAACUUUUAAUACAUCGAUAUUUAAUAUCAAACUGUAUUUAUUAAUAUUUGUAAAUAUUUUUGUAUCUGUUAGGUUAUUAUAAACCAGACGUCACUGUCACUGUAUAUUCUGUAUUUUGUUUAAAAAAUAGACAUGACUUUACCAAUUAAAGUAGCGAUUUUACAACUGUCCCGUACAUAUUAGAACUUUUUUCGUCAGAUCUUCUUGAUGUGAUAUGUUCUAGGAUAAUAAAUGGUGUUUCUGUUAAAAUAGAUUUGCUUUAUGAUGUAUCGAAUUGCGCUUUAUAGUUAAGAGAAAUAAUAACGACUACGAAUCUAAAGAAAAAACUUUUAUUACUUAUCAAAAAAGACUAUUCGAAACAUGUUAAGAUUAAAUUAUGCAAAAAUGUCAAAACUUAAUUAAAUGCAUUGUCGUAAAUAUAAAGCCUAUAAACUAAAUGAAGUUGCGUGUAUCACAAUGAUGUACUUGUCGUGACUAAAGGUGAGUUACAGGUCAUCAAUAGCGGAAAUGUCCCUUUCUGGAACGUUCCUCGUGAUACACUCGCAUCGGAGAGUAGUUGCCGUUCGAACUGCCGUUGGUGUUCAGGCCUGUAAUUAAAUUAAUGAACACCAAAUUAUUAUUGUUGUGAAGAAUUUCUUGCUUGGACUACACGAGACAUACGCGAGGGCAAGGACAUCGAGCUAAGAAUAAAUAUAAUAAAGAAAGCUGUUUGAGGACGAGUCCAGUUUGGAAUAGUUUUUAAUAAUUCCAUGUGCAUAAAUUUGAAAUAUACAGAUCUAAUUUUAAUAUUAAUUUCUACGCUUGUUUGUAAUAAAAUCCUCAAUAAUAACAUUAUAAUACAGAACAAUAUAAAAAUUAGGGAGAUUAAAAGAAAUGUAUGUGCAUACUAAGCUACACUGCAACAGCAUUGACUCGAAAGGAAUAUCCUCACAUACCUUUCCCAUUAAAUUGUCCUUCCACCGUGCUAGCUUAAUGUGUACAGAAAAAAAAAAUGGCUUGAAAAUGAAAUGGCUUCGAACGAUAUCUUAUUAGUUAUUAAUUGGAUUAAAUAAACAUAUCUAAGUUG